AUGAGAGAGAUUGAAAAAGAGGAAGACAAAGUGGAAGGAAAACGUCGGAAUCUGGAAAUCAAAUGCAACCGAGAAAAGUUAUUGCGACCGGACCCCAACCCGUCGAGAGCACUUGUUUGCACAAUUGUGCUUCAUGAGCUGGUGGGAUACCUGAAGUGUUGGCAUGAAGUUGUAGGGGUGGUGGUACGGUGGUGGGAAUAUGGGGUGCUUUCUUCGGGUGAGAUAGGGCGCUGUAUUAGAGAAUCGAUGGGGACUACAGCUUAUUGCCUGUUAGCCCUCGGUAUUUGGGUUGGAGCGUGGUCUUCUUAUCCUGUUUUCUUACUGGUGUUCUAA